UCGGCCAUUUCUCUGUGAAACAUGGACGGGGGAUACGAGGACGUUGCUGGUCCGUCCACGAGAAACCCUUUGCCCCGAAGGGUGAACAAGAAGAAGAAAAGUUGUAGUGCCCUGAUUGUCCUGAAGGUGGCGUUCGUCCUCUGCGCCCUGAGCUACGUCGUCGGCACCUGCCUCGUCAACUACCUCCUUGUUGCCAAAGUGUGCACAAAUCUGAGAACGGCUUUCGAGAAAAUCCACUUGAUGACUAACGAAACCGACCAAUUGAAUAAAAGUUUCAACGAGCUGGCUUUCCUUAAUGAUGAGGUGACGAAAGAGAAAAAUCUACUGCAGGGACUACUUUUGAAUGCAACGAAAGAAAACGAUGUUUUGAAAAAGGAAGUCCAAAUGUUUAGAAUUCCACCUACUUUCCAGAAGCUGUCCAACGGAAAAAUAUACCACUUUGCAUAUCCAACUCAAGCAAAUUGGAUCGAAGCCAAGGAAAGAUGUGCCACCAUGGGUCUCCGCUUGGCAAGUCUAAAGAAUUUGACAGACUUGAAGGUCAUUUUCAACAAAACCAAGGAAAUCCAUGAAAAUAGCUGGUGGUUUGUUUCGGCUCGAAACUACGGAAACCAGAAUCAAUCAGACUUCAAGUGGCUCGACGGAUCCCGAUUGGAAAGCAACAGUUCCAUGUGGCACAAAGAUGCCGACAAGAAAUUGGGCUGCACCGAAAUCAUCACCAACCAAACUGACAAACUGCACGGUGGAAAGUGCAGCGACAAACACCACUUUGUGUGCGAAUUUGAAUUUCCAACUAAAUCUUAUUAACAUUUAAAGAAAUUAAAAAUUAUAAUGAUAAUAAUACCAGAAUUUAUAAUUUAUUCGUAUUUUUAAACAAUUAUGAACUUUUAUAAUGUUUUCUUUAUGAAAAA